AUGGCCAGGCACCGGCGAAAACGAACUCAAAACCAGGGCCAGUCCAGACUUGAACGGCUGCCCUUCGAGCUGCAACUCGUGAUUCUCGAAAACAUGUCGAGCUGCGAAGACUUGACAUUACUGGUCGCCACGUCGUACACUCUCUGCGCCGUAUACGAUCAGUACAAGAAAUCAAUCCUCGCGAUCGUCAUCCAAAGAACGCUGGGCGAAGCCUUCAUCGAGGCGUGCAUGCUCCAGCACUGGCGAAACAACAUCGACACUAAUUUUGGAGAAAACGAACCAUGGGAUCUUGACCAGCCCUACCGUCACAUCCAGCUAAAAUUCAUUCACGAAUGGUGCGAGCACUCCACGGCCAGCAGCGAGGACCAGAUCCAAACUAUGAAGCGUCUUCUCACUGCCGAGGACUUUGAGCAAAUCCUGAAAUUCUAUGCGACUGUGGUCAAGCCUCUUUCGAGGCCAUUCAUCGAAAAACCCACCCCAGAACACGAUUUCACAACCCAGUUUCCGCCAUCCGAGCCGGACCCCACCCCCUUGGCACCCUGGCGCAUCACAGCCACAGAACGGCAAAGGAUCAUGAGGACACUCUACCGGUACGAAAUCUGCAGCCGGCUCUAUGGCCCGCAUUUCGAAUCAACCCGUGCCCCGCAGAUGGGCUUGAACGGCAGCCUGAUGAGGAUGGUGGAGAAGGACUUUUUCGGCAUGUUCGACGCGAACGAAAUCGAGGAGUUGAGGUUCGUUUAUGUGGGCCUGGCGUUGGAGCUGCACAAGUCCUGGAAACUUAUCGAGAGCGCCACGGAUUGGAGGGGAGUCCUGGGGGCGCGCCCCGAGCACGCUGCCCUUUACUCUGCGUGGAGCUUUAGCUACUAUAGCGGGUCGCGCAGGCUGAUUGGGCUCGGCGGGCUGGUUGAGGGUGCCCUGGCCAUGGGGCUGGAGCCGCUCAGCGCUGUUCGAUCGGCGGCCACGGCGGACGACGUGGCUAAAAUCCUACUGGCCAAGACACCGCCUGAUGUGGAGGGUUUCAUCUGGGGGACUCUUAGUCAACUCGAGGAAGCUCACCACUUUAGUGGAGGAGAUGGACCCGCCCGGCCCGAAUCUUGGUCGGAUGAGUUUUGGGGAUAG